AUGGAAUUGCAAGACAUCAAGGGCAACACAGCAUUCUGCUUCGCCGCUGCGUCUGGGAACAUGGACAUUGCUCGCUUGUUGCUGCACAAGAACUCAUUCUUGCCUCUCAUCAGAGGCGGAAAUGGACGCACCCCUCUUCACUUCGCUGCCAUGCAAGGAAGAUGCCACAUGACCCGCUUUUUGUAUGAUCUCACCAAACCUGUCUUUCAGGAUCAGGACUGCCAACUCUUGUUCUUCACUUCUAUCCACACUGCCAACUAUGUGGACAACCAAAACCAAAGUAUAAUUCACACAGCGGUUUCGCAUCGCCAUGCUAGCAUAUUCAAUUUAGUGCAUGAAAUAGGGUCACAUAAGGAUAUCAUAGUAACAUAUAUAGUGGAAGGAAGUAACACAUUAUUGCAUUUGGCUGCAAAAUUAGCCCCACAAGGCCAACUUGAAUUAGUUUCUGGAGCAGCAUUCCAAAUGAGCCUUGAGUUAAUAUGGUUUGAGGAGGUGAAGAAGAUAAUGCCACCAUCAUUCAUAAAAUUGAGAAAUUCUGAAAGCUUAACUGCUCAAGAAUUGUUCACUAGGGAGCACGAAGAACUAAGAAAAAAGGCAGAGGAUUGGAUGAAACGCACUGCUGAAUUUUGCAUGCUUAUUUCGACCGUUAUUGCAACAGGAGUGUUCUCUACUGCAAUCAACAUACCAGGUGGCAUCGAUGAUCAAACGAAAAAACCAAAUUACUUAGACAAAACCUCGUUCCUAGCAUUUGCAAUAUCAGAUGCAACUGCAUUCAUCUCAUCUGCAGCUGCAAUAUUAAUAUUCUUUUCUAUUCUUAUAUCACGUUAUGCAGAGUAUGACUUUUACAAGUCAUUGCCCUUGAAGUUAAUUUUCGGAUUGAUAACGCUAUUCAUCUCCAUAACAUGUAUGAUGAUAGCAUUUGGCAGUGCCUUCUUUAUCACGUACAACUAUGGUUUGAAGGUUGUUCCUGAUUUUAUUUCAGUUCUUGCGUGUCUACCAAUGCUUUUAUAUAUAGCUUUGCAAUUUUCGUUAUGGUCAGAUAUCAUCUACUCAACCUACUACUGUAGGACUUUAUUUAAGCCAAGUAAACGUAUGAUUUACCUUCUAGAGAAGUAGAGGCAUUGUAAUCAAAUCAUGUUUUGAUUUGUGAAAGUUGUAAUAU